AAAGUAUAUGUCAUCAACAUGCGCAGGGAUCCUUACGUAAAAAGUGAAAUAAAGUACUCUUCAGUAAAGAUAAAAAUGAUCAGGUUUAGGUUGUGUCCGACAUACUUCGUUUUUUAAUGUUUGGAAUCUAAGACUAACAAAACGCUACCUGCGGGAAGUAAGCAAGGGAGAGGUGAUUUUAUGAACAUGGACUCAGUUACUGCUACCUCAGAUCUGGCACCUGCAGUUGAGAAACAGAGUGAAGACAAUGAGCGGAGUACCGAGACCCCUCCUGCUCCUCUGUCAGCAGCUAUGAGGGCGAAGAUUGAGCGCAACAGACAGCGGGCACUCAUGUUAAGACAAGCAAGGAUUGCCAGCAGGCCAUAUUCUUCUGAGAAAGGUGGAACCUGUGCAAAGAUCUCCAAAACCAUUGACUCUGGAGGAGGAUUCUUCAUUGAGGAAGAGGAAGAAGAGCAAAAAGUGGAGAAAGUGGUUCACAAACCAGGACCAGUGGUUGAGUUUGACUACCUGUUGUGUGAAGAAUGCAAUAAAGCUUUCAUGGACUCCUACCUCAGCAACACCUUUGACUUGUCCGUGUGUGACAACUGCAGGGACAGUGAAACCAAGCACAGGCUAAUAACCCGCACAGAAGCCAAGGAGGAAUUCCUCCUGAAAGACUGUGACCUGGACAAGCGAGAGCCGGUGCUGAGAUAUGUGCUGAAAAAGAACCCUCACAACACUCGAUGGGGUGAUAUGAAACUCUAUCUCAAGCUCCAGGUGAUACAGCGAUCUCUGGAGGUGUGGGGUAGCCAGGAAGCACUGGAUGAAGCGAAAGAGUCACGAAAGGAGUCCCGAGAAAAACUGAGGCAGAAACGGUUUGACAAGAAGGUAAAAGAGCUGAGGCGGGCCGUGAGGAGCAGCAUGUGGAAAAAGGACUCUAGUGUACAUCAACACGAAUACGGGCCAGAGGAAGAGAUCGAAGAGGACACCUACAAGAAAGUCUGCACCACCUGUGGCCAUGAACUUACUUAUGAGAAGAUGUAAUGGUGUGGGCCUCUUUUGGGUUGUGCUGAAAGUCUGGUUUGUAGUGCCUUGUUCCACAACUUUAAAUGAUCUUCGUGGGAAAGGAUGUAUCAAUAGGCAGAUGGUAAGCAGAAGUGUCAUGGUGCUAUAACUGACUAAUUUACUUAAAUAUUUGUAUGUGUAUGUGUUUUGUUUAUACAAUAUAUCUGGCUGUAUAUGUGUGUAAGAGGCACUUCAGGAGACUGGAUACAAAUUGAAUCGUACCGUAGCUUUUCCUGAACUGGUCAAUUAAAAAAUCCUUUUAUACAUUGAAUUUUAUUAUUCAUUGAUGCAUUAAAGUUGUAUAUAUAUAGAUUUUUUUGCAUAGGACAGAUUAAACCUAUUCUUUUGCUUAAUUGGCCGUUUUUGAUUUUUGAACAGUUACAUAAUGCAAGCCUGUUGUAGCCUGUGAAACUAAUACUUUACUGGAUGAGGUGAUUUUUUCACUUUUCUAUAAGCAUCAAAACCAAGUUCCAGAGUUAUGUAAACUAUUGAUAUGGUAUUCUUUGUAAAACAUUUUUUUUAACCAAUCUUCAUGUAAUUAGUGGAAUACAGUCAUGUUUUUAUAAAGCUGUUGUAAUUUUAGAGAAACAAGUCAAGAAAAAAAAACAUGGACCAAACCCAUCAAAUUGCAGAUACCACUUCCUUUAGUGGAAAUGACAAGAUGCUAAGCAAACUAAGAAAGAAUGAACUACACAAAUACCAGGUCUACUUUGAAUAAGAGUUAAGUCUUAAGUGCAAACAUUUAUAAAUCUAAUAAAAUAUUACUGUAAAGCUUUUUAACUGUCCAGAGUUUUAUUUUUCAAUCUUUGUUUGAGAUUUACAGUAGCAACUGAUAUUUACUAUAUUGGCACUUUUUUCUCAUUACAUUUUAUUAAAAACAAAAACCAUAUGAUAAAAUGACAACAGCUUAGGACAGGAAUCAUCUAUCUAUCCCUUCUCUGGUUUGAGAACAUUGGUGAAUUUUCUGUGGGCUAUACUGGCUGAACCUUUUUGGCUGUCGGAGUAAGUCUUAUAAAGCCAUGCACCCAGUCAGUCUUCCUUAGCCUGAUUCCUGAAUUUUUAUUGUGGUGAUAAAAAUAAUGUUCUAAAUCAUAUUUUAAUCGUGCACUGCACAAUUUUAACAUCUCUUUAAAUUCUGUGCUUCUAACUACUGUAUAUAUCCUAGUGCUAAUACUAUCCAACUGUUUCUAAAAUGGGUGUCUAAUCCUAAGGCAGGAGGUCUGUUUUGUGUGCAGGUCUUCAAUUUCUCUAUAAAGUAACACUACCCAAACAACUUUGAUAAGAUGUUUGGUUUGGUCCAGUUAAAACCGUAACCAGCAGAUUAAGGUCACUGAGUUAAACUGAAAUGAAAACGAUCCCUGGCCUAGAAAAUGAUGCCUCAACAUGAAAACAGGUGUUUAUCUUUUUCAAGGUCAGUGUUUGCCUCUUAUAUUUAUAGUUUCUGCUUUUGCUAUGUGCAUGGACCACUCUGCAUGUUGACAUUAAAUGUAAAGAGGGAAUUAAUAUUCUUAUUAAUAUAGCCAAUAAAAGCUAAAAUUAUGAAUGUGUAAUGUGGUAGGGAUCCAGGCUUUACACUCUGUAUUGACAAACAUAAUAUGAAAUCACUUUGAAUCAAAUUGAGUUUAAUCUCUUUACAAGUGCAUUGUUUCUUGUGUUUCAUGAGAGCAUUGUUCAAGAAAAACGUAUUUUUUAGCUGUAUGACUUUCUUUCAGGUGCAUAAACCAGUCAGUAAGGUUUAUAGUACACAGCAUUCUCAUUCUUAAAAAGAAGUCUGAUGACGUGAAACUACAAAAUGAUCACAUCAGCAGAAAAGGAUGAAUAAACAUAUGCUGAUGUUCCCUCUCCAUAUGGAGUCAGUAGUUCUGAGAAAUAUUUAGUUUCCGAUGCAAUGACAUAUGACUCAUUCUUAAUAAAAUACAAAAAUGUA